AUGACCUCUAUUCAGUUUCACAGUGCCAUCCUUGGGAAAAGGAAUACCAACAAACAGCAAGUCCUCCCUGAGGGCGAUGGAACAAGUAAGAGCCCCACCCUUUCCCUCAGUAGUACUGUCCGUGUGGGGGCGCUAGUGCAGUUUAAAGUAGUUCUGCUUGUGAGAGAGUUUCCUGCGUCCGCAAAAGUGUUGGGUAUCGUUAUCGCCAGCCAGACCUUAGUAAAUUCCACGCAGCGCUGGGCAGUCCGAGUGCAAGUGAUGGCUGAACGCUACAAGUGCUUAUCCAGAGCGAACCUUAACCUAGCAUAUAUCCAUGCCAACUCAACAACACAUGAGUUUUUAUUUGGGGCAUUUGCUGAAAUUAUUGAUAAUUCAAGAGAUGCAAAUGCCUCAACACUUUACAUAUAUUCUGAACCAACAAGAGAUUUUCAAGGAGGACAGCUGUUAUGUUUUUUGGAUGACGGGUGUGGCAUGACUCACCGAGAAGCCUGUGAUCUGAUUUACUUUGGUAGAUCUUCCAAGCGCUUCACAAGUUCUAGGUUUAUUGGGAGAUAUGGUAACGGCCUGAAAUCUGGUUCCAUGAGAAUUGGUAAAGACUUUAUACUGUUUACAAUGAGAGAGGAUUGUAUGACAUGUCUGCUUUUUUCACAAACAUUUUGUGAAACCGAAGGACUUGAUGAGCUUAUUGUACCGAUUCUUUGCUGGUCACAAAGCACCAAAAAGCCUUUAACGGAAAGCUCUGAUAUAGCCGACAUACAAAUGUCAAUUUUAAACCGAUAUUCUCCAUUUAAAACCGAACAGGACUUACUGAAGCAAUUUGAAUAUAUAUACACUGGUCACGGAACUUUAAUUAUUGUCUACAAUCUAAAGCUGAUGUCCAACAGCGAACCAGAGUUGGAUUUCUUCACAGAUAUCUCAGAUAUUAUAAAUGCUGGAAUGAGAGAUAGUGAUGUCUAUUCUGAACUGUGGUCACUGAAGGCCUAUAUCUCAGUAUUGUAUGUUGAUCCUCGAAUGAAGGUCUUUGUUCAAGCAACAAGAGUUCAUAAUAAGCAGCUGAUAUACAGUUUAUAUAGACCCAGGAUGUAUCUGUACAAAAUGCCUUCUCUAAGAACAUCUGUUUUGCGUGAGAUAAAAAAUGCAGAAGUAGCUGUAAAAAAUGCUAACCUAGCUGUAGCUGAUAUAGAACAGAAGAUGGCUGAGCAUGUCAGUGAGAAAGAGCUGGAAGUUUUACAUUGUUUAUUAAUCAACAACAAGAAGAAACUAGAUGAGAAGUGUCAGAUACUAAAAGAGAAGAAAAGAGAAAAACAGUUAAAACACGUUUAUAUAAAAUAUGGCCUAAACAUAGAAACUAGAAGUCAAGAUGGAAUGUUUAUUUAUCAUAACAACCGCUUAAUCCGAAUGCAUGAGAAAGUUGGGCGCCAGCUUAAUAAAGAACUAAGCACUGGUGCAGGUGUUUUGGGAUUGGUGAACAUACCUUCAGGAGCACUGAUUCCAAGCCACAACAAACAAAAUUUUAUUAAUUCACAGGAAUAUCAUAAGCUAUUAAAACACAUGGGCUACUUUCUUGACCAGUUUUUGAAGGAUUCUGGGAUAGGUGAGAAAGGAACAGUUCAUUUCUGGAAUGAGUUUGGAUACCUCAGUGGGUUAAAAGACUGGUUUGAAGUUCCAUCCGAUGCUGUGCACUUUAUACGAAGACGUGCAAUAGAAAUCCCUAAAAUCAUUCAAUGUGACUUGUGCCUAAACUGGAGGGUGCUGCCCUCUUCUGCAAGCACUUUUGAUCAGCCUGAUAACUGGACUUGUGCAGACCACCCAGAUCCUACAAAAAACAGAUGCACAGAGCCAGAGCAGCUCCCUGCUAUACCUGUUGGUACUUUGCCCAGAAAACCUCUCCAGUUCACUGACAAAGAAAAACGCCUAAGAGAUUCCGUUGAAAGAUACAAGAACAAACGCUUGGGGUCUCAGAAGUGCAAUUUAACUGAGCCUCAUUUAGCUGUUCCAGCAUUACUAAGCAUAUCUUCCAAAAAGAGGAAGGAUGAAAGUUCAAGAACAGAUAUUUUAUCUAAAAGGAUGGCUGAUUCUCAAAAAUAUAAAGAAAGCAGCCAAAACAGAGUUGUUACAAGGAAACAUAACAGAGACAGAUACAGACUGAAUGACAGCUCUAUAAUAACCAAAGGUCCACACCCCUCCAGCAGACUAAAUCUUCCCGUAAGUAAAACUGAACUGAGAAUAUGCACAACUAAAGUUGGCAAAACCCUUGAGAAACCUUUGUGCUCAGCCAGAAGUCAGACAGAAAACGCCAAAAAUUUUAUUUUAGGGGCACCUGCACCAUCAGCUUCAUCAGUAAGUGAAAAUAAUGUAAGUAAAUGCAUUGCUGAAGCUGGAAGAACUCUUGAGGUUCCUUCCUGCUCAAGAAAGGAGACAGAAGAAAAACUUAAGCUAACAUUAGGAGAGGUAAUCUCAUAUUUUGUACCAGACUGCCAGCUGCCAAUACUUGAGACUAUAUAUAAGGGAGACCAGGCACAGUUGGGAUCUCUGGUAAAUGACUACUUCAAGGAAUAUGAAGAAAAUGUCCUAGCAGUAUAUUUGCAUGCUGCAAAUGACCAUUUUGAAGCCAAAGCUGAAUUAAAUGAGUUAAUGGGGGAAGCCUGUGAAGAACAGAUAAAAGUCGUGGAACAAAAAAUUUCAGCAUUAAGCAAAAAAGCUGCAAGGAUCUUUAAAAAACUCCAUAUUAAUGUGCCAGAGGAGAGUGUUUUGGACACAGAAAGGCUUCUACUUCAAGACCAAAGUGAAAUUUGAGAGACAAAACCUUGUGUAAAAGAUUAUUUUUACCGUGUGGCUUCUGUAAAAUACAGAUUAACGCUGUCUUCUAAGAUUCCAUAAGCAUUGCCAUUCUACAAGCAUGGACAUGUGUCAGGAACAUGUGCCAAGCUGGAAGCCUUCUCCAUUGUGUAGUUACUGCUUAGAUACAGGAUAUUUUAUAUUUUUUAGAAUUAUAGAUACUAUUUUUAUUCCUAGAUAUAAGACUUUUGUAAUCUUAAAAAAACAAAUAUAUAAUAUUUAUAUCUGUGUUUUUCAGAUCUUUCCACUUGUAUACAAAUAUGUACAUUUACCCUUGAUCAUUGCAAACUGCAGAUGAUCAUUUUUGGGCCUUCUUCCUUAUGUUUAAGAUCUUUGUAUUUUCUUUUUUUUAAGAGAUAUUGAAAGUGUGAUUUAAAUAUUGUGGCAAUAAAUGUUUCAGUUGAACAGUG